GUAACUAACUCAAAUGUGGCUGGAGCUAGGGGAUUUGGUUUGGAGGAUCUAAUUUCUGGGGCAGUGACAGCAAAAGAAACAGGAAAGGCAGGCAGAGACAGACACACGGACAUGUCCAUCUCAGCCGCAGGCUGUUGGCUAGUUCUCUGCCUUUUCAUCGCUGACAAACAGUUAUCACUACAAAUCUCUCCAGCCUGUGAGAGUGAGAAACACUAUGAGUAUUCUGGACGGUGCUGCACAAAGUGUGAGCCAGGAAAGUACGUAUCUGCCAAAUGCACUGCCACUUCUGAGACUGUGUGUAAGUCUUGUGGCCCAAACGAAUAUAUGGAUGUCUGGAAUGAAGAAGACAAAUGUUUACUACACAAAAUAUGUGAUGAGGGGAAAGGUUUAAUAGAAGUGAAUCCAGGAAAUAGCACGUUCCAGCGACAAUGUGCAUGUACACUGGGAUACCACUGUAACGAAGACUGUGAUUACUGUCUGCGAAAUACAAAAUGUGCUCUAGGAUUUGGCGUUCAGCAUCCUGUGCAACGAGACAAGGAUACGGUGUGUGCACCAUGCCGUUGGGGGUACUUUUCAGACAUCUUUUCAUCCACCGAUGAGUGUAAAUCCUGGACCAACUGCACAGCUUUGGGAACUGCAGAAGGAGCUCCUGGGACUGAUCGGUCAGAUGCAGUUUGCGCGGAGACUACGAUGUCUGUACAACCACAAGAUGAAACAAACAAGAUCUUGUAUGUUCUGACUGUUCCAGUCCUCUUUGUGAUAUUAACCAGCAUUAUCAUACUUAUUGUAUGUUACAAAAAUAAGGGGAAAGCACUGACAGCAGAUCUACAACACUGGGCUAAUGAAGUAUGCAGCCAAAUAAAAGGGACGAAGGAAUCCCCCAGAGAGCCAUUUGUUAAUACAAACAUGGUGAACACUGCGAGUCCUCAGCCUUCUGAAGGAAUAUGUUUGCUAGCCCUUGAUUACUAUGUUUUUUCUGAAGACAUGGGUUGCCCAAAUGGGCACACUCUCUAUGGAAAAGGCAGCCCAGAUACAAUCCACUAUGAAUUGGGAGAGAACAUCCCAACAUUGUCUUUAGCAACAGAGUCUGAGGAUGACCACUUCAGGCAGAUUCCCAUGGAAGACGAAUAUGUAGAUAGAGCUCCCCAUGCCCAUGGUUAUUUACAUUUAACGAGUCGGCCUGACAGUAAAUCCGUGUCACCAUUUUCAGAGCCACUGGAGGUGGGGGAGAAUGAUAGCUUAAGUCAGUGCUUCACAGGAACUGAGAGCAUGGUGGAUUUAGCAGGCUCCUAUAGCUCUGAUCCUUCAUGCGGAAUGGACUGCAUCCAUGCCUCCUCAGACAAAUACCUACAGAAAUCUUGCCAUUGCACCUGUAGUCAUAUGAAGGAGACGGAGAGAAAGAACACAGAUCACUUCCCAGUGAACCCUGAGUCAGUGAACAACUGUGUGGGCUGUGGGGUUUCAUCUAGGGAAUCUCCUAGGAAGUGGAGCGAACCCCUUUGUGCAGCGGUUGACUAUACCACAGCCUCACCGGAAAAUGGACUUUAUCCACAGUGCACCUGUGGCUUGGACUUUCCUUCUGCGGGUCAGAGUACUUUAGCAAGCGAUCCUGGCACUGAAGAUACUCCCUCUGAAGGUACUGACACAAAGUACCAGAACACAAGCAGAAGCACUUCUGGGGCAAAUUGUAGCAAUUCAGACCUCCCACAAGCAUCAGGAAAUGUGACUGGAAACAGUAACUCUACAUUUAUAUCAAGUGGACAAGUAAUGAAUUUUAAGGGCGAUAUAAUUGUUGUCUAUGUUAGUCAAAACUCCCAAGAGGGGACAACAGCUACUGGAACAGCUGAUGAGAAUGUGGGGAGUCCAGUGCAAGAGGAAAACCUGAACCGCUGCGAGACUUUUGCAGGCAACACCCAACAUUACAAAGAAAAAUAUGCUGAUGCUAAUCCAGCCUGCCCUGCAGAGAACGAAGGACUAAAUAGCACAGGGGAAUAUGAGAGAAGGCCAGGGCCUGUGGUUCAAGAAGAGAACCAAGACAGUCAGGACAGGAAGUGGUGUCACAGUGGGGCCUUUCAACCUGUGCAAGAGGAGGGAAAGCCAGGACAAUUUUCAGAGAAAGCAUUGCACUGAUGGGAAUCAACAGCUGUUUGCUCACUCUUAGUAUUUGACUGAAACACCAUUAAUACUGAGGGACUGUAUAUCAGCCAGUGAAUGGCAUUAAUUGUCUACAGGGUUGUGUUAGCUGCUCAGAGGCCAGGUUGCCAUGACUGGUUCAUUGGAUCUGAGACCUUUAUUAUUCCUGGUGUCUCUUGGGGACUUCAUCAAAUGGAACCGACAAUUCCUCGACAAAUGCCUGUGAUGCUAUCACCGUGGAAAUUAUUAGUGGAGACAUACACAAGUGUAAAGCUGCUAUCAUUGCAGAAAUAUCUGAUGGGAAGGAAAUCUACUUCCCUACAAUUGUACAGAUUGUUCAAGACUCGCUGUCCAUCCCCUUAUCCUUGGGACACAAAGUGGAAGACUUUAAUUAAUUUAGAUUGUAAACUCUUUGGGACAGGGUCUGUGUGUGUAGACAACACUUAGCCUAUUGUGAAUGCUAUUAGAGUACGAAUACUAAUUAUGAUUAAUAUUCAGAAGGUAGACCAUAAGUAUUGACCAAUAUUUUUCCCUAAUGACAUCCAGGCAAGAAUUUGGGGAAAGAUUAAGCCAAGCCUUUGUGCAUGGCCUUUCUCUUUCUCUAUUCCCUUGCAUUUGCCAUGAGAACCUUCCAUCUAGAUUUAAUUCUGCCUUAUCACCCGGAGUGUCACUGUGUAAUGAUCCUAUUGGCCUCAUGUGAAGAUGAACUAUGCACUUCCAUGAUCCACAUGAUCACAGAUCUCUUGAUUAGAGUGAGAAUCACCUAUCCACCAGGAGGAGCAUCUUUUACUUGAAGACUUCUUGUUAGGAAGGAUCUUCUUCUGAAAAGCUCUAAAGCCACCAGCCUGCUGUGUAGCUGCUCCAGUUUGCAAUAACAUUUCUGUAGGUGAAGAGCACCUAAAAUCCUGUAAGCAGGCAGUUUAUUGAAUGUCACAUCAUCAUUAGAUGCCCAUUCAUAGAUGAAAAGAAAGGGGGGUAGCCACCUUGCACAUUGCUUGCACGACGGUGGAGAUCACACAUUUUUCAGCCCUCUUUUAAAAAAAUAAUUAAAAGAAAACCUAUGUGAGAAAAUUCUAGUUUAGAGAUCUGGGUUGGCUGAAUUCUGCAGAGAAGGAGAAUUCCUCCACUCAGUCCUUGGCAAAUUCGCCGCUUUGAGGCUUGAAACACACACAUCCCUUCUUGAACCACUGUCUUUUCCCUUCUCUCUGUUACCACUCUUUCCAUUGUUUGCGUGCCGCAAUGGAAGGGAGAGGGCUAGAAAGAGGGGGGUGAAAUCAUGGCUCUAAUGACGUAAAUGGGAGCUUUACCAUUGAUUUCAGUGGCACCGUGAUUUCACCAGAAGAAUCCAACAAUCUCUUCAAAUAAAGGGUGAAAGAGCUUCAAACAUAAGUAUGAAAAAUGGGUGUGUCACCCUGGGUGCUGCUAUGACUCCAUUAUGGGAAGUUUAAAAUGCCAGAAAGUACAAUGUUUUUCCCUGUUCCAGACUGAACCCAAAGUGAAGUAUCCACUCCAUGAUUACCAACAUUCUUCUGUGCUGCUUGGGUUCCCUGCCUUGCUGCUCAGUCACUGACCCUAAAGUAAUUUCUGCAUCUAUGUCAUUUUGUUUGUAAGCACUCUGGGGCAGGCACUGUUGUUCACUAUGUGUUUGUACAAUGGGGCCUAACAUAUUAUGAUCCCAAAGUUGAUUGGUGCUC